AUGCCGCGUACCAGGCAGAGCCUGCAGGCCCAACCCGCCAUCCAGGUCUUCACCAGGGCAACCAAGGCCGGUAUCACACCGCAGUUAGCCGGAAAGCCGACUGUCUCGCUACCUAGCAAGACUGCCACAUUGCCGGUUACCCCUUCAAAGAAGAGAAAACUGCAGGAGCUCGAAAACGUCGACACCGGUACUCGGCAACCAGAGGAGGAAGCCGGGACCCCCUCGAAGACUCUCAAGUUCAGCCAAUUGUCUGUCAACUCGCCUCGCAGCGGUCACUAUGCCACACCCAAGCGCACUCCCAGUCGUCGAACCAGUACCCCAGCCCAAAUUGACCAGGCCCCCUCGACACCCGGAACCCCUUCGAAGCAGUCGAAACUCAACUUCACCCCGAUCCGCGAAGAGCCCAAACUUGCACCGCGCACAAAAUGUAUCAAUGACUUCUUGGAUCUUCACUCGUCUUUUGUCAAGGCCCUCUCUCUCCAUGCUGCACACAAUGGCCCGAACACCCCUGCCGAUCUGAGAGAAUUCCUUCCCAGCGUUACCCGUGUAUGGAGGAAGCGCAAGGUGCAGAUCAAUGAUUUGCAGCGUCUGCUCUGGGUCUGGGACCAAGGUUUGAAAGCCAAGGAUGUUUCUUACCGUCUCGCAAACUACGGACUGGGCAAGAUCUGCCUUGAACGAACUGUGCAGUCGGAUACACAGCCUCCGGCUUUGCAAGAUGCGUUUGAGCAGGCAUUUGAUCUGCUCUGGGCGCAGACUGAAGACUCUUUGCAGCAGGUCACCGAGGAAGAUCGUCCUUCUCUGUUCCUUAACACACUCGAUCUCGCCGUCAUCCACGAGUCCCUCACCCCAUUCACCGCGUUCCAGAAAGGCCAGCAGCGCCUGCAAGACCUGAGAGGAGGUGUGCUUCGGAUGAAAGCCGACAAGUUGCGCUCGGACAUGGAAAAGUCUGGCUCGAAGCCAUUGGCUGCCACCAGCAGCCGUCGACAAGGCCUUCUGGACCGCAUCAAGAACAAAGAGCUGAUCCAGUCUAAGCUGCCCCCCCCGCCGUCCAAGAAGGAGAUCCUCCGUCGCUCUGCUGCUGAUAGAGUUGAGGAAGUUGCCAACAUUCUGGCUCUUCUCCGCCCCGCUGGAUAUGUGGGCACUGGUAUCAAGGCCAUGCUUGCCAACCAGCGCAAGCCGUUCCAGCUCGACACCAUCGUGCAACACAUUCGCGACUCUGCCCGCAACCCCAUUCCCAAGGAGGAGGUGGAGGCAUGCAUUGAGAUCCUCGCGGAACCUGGAAUUGCUGGUAACUGGAUUAACAUCGUUACUAUCAAUCAGAUGCGCUCUGUGGUGUUGAAAUCCUGCAAAGAUAUUGCAUCUAAAGAAAUCGGGGCCAAGGUCUCACAAAUGAAGGCCAACUGGGACAAGUCUGGUUCUUGUGUGCAGUCUCCUCUUCUUAGUAUUUGA